UUUUUAAAUAAGAAAAGGGUUUGAAUUAUUCUUAAGAAUGGGCACCCUGUGGCUCUUCUCGGACGGGAAACUGUGUACUACAAAUAAAGUCAAGAUGGCGGAUGGCGCGGAAAAUGAAUCUCACAACGAACUACAAGAAUAAAACAAAUAUUUUGUGUCGAUACAACAAUGUUCUACUAGCAAAAUGAUUAUCCAUUGUUUCUGGAAAACUUUGCUUUUACUCUGAUUGAAAAAUAUAGUUGAAAUGCCCUUUUUCUGAAGAGCCUAAAAAACUAGGUGACCAUGAAGAGCUGUAACUCCAAAACAAGGAAUUUGAUAAGGCCAAGCCCUAACGAAGAGGCUGCCAUUGUCCAAAGUGAGCAGGAAAGAAGAAAGAAAAUAAGACUAAAACAGGUCAGAGAGCAAGAGAAGGCAUUUGCUCUUAAAAUCCGACAGAAUAUCAAAAACAAAAAGGAUAAUGAACUUAAAAUUCUGUCUGAACAGUUGAAGGAGCAAUGGACAGAAAAACAGAAAACAGAAUUAAGCAAUCUGGAAAAGAGAUACCAGAAGAACUUAGACAAAGUUGGAGAUGGCCAUACAGCAGCGAUAAAGGAUCAAGAUACAAUUAAGAAAGAUGGCAGAGUCCUUUCCAAGGAGGACAGACAGAGGGCAAUUGAAAGACACAAUCAAGCAGUAAUUCAGUUUAAUCUUGAAAGAGCAAGAAGCCAACAAGCUGAAAAUGAUCGAGCUGCAGCAAGAGCCAAAGCCACAGAAGCUGAAAAAGCACGAGCUGCAAUGGUAGCUAGUCUUCCACCAUCAAGAGAUCUUAUCCAGGAGUUUGAACUUAAAGAAGAGCAAAAACGCCACCCCAAGAGUGCAGAAGACUUUAAAUCAACGCGGUACCACCUACAGCAACCUGCCGUUCAAGUAGAGAGAAUGUCCAAAGAAGGGCAGGUUGAUGCCAGGGUUGCUGCUGUGGAAGAAGAGGAUAAAAUCCAUGGUAUAAGAGAGGAAACCCAAAGGAGUGAAGCAGAGCAAGCAGAAAAGGCUCGUUUAAGGCACAAACAUGCACUAGCACAGCUCAAGAUAGAAGAGGAUCGCAAAAAACUGAUGGAAGAUCUCAGUGAACUUGAAAGACUUGACAGGCAAAGACGACAAGAUGCAGUUGCUAGAAUACCUGUUCGCAUAUUCCAGCCGCCCCAUAAAAGACUUGAAGAUGAAGAAGAAAGACAGAGAGACCUAGAACAGGCUUUUGAAGAUAUGUACAUGGUGCAAACAGGUUAUACUGGUGAUUUGACCAUUGCUUUGGAACCUUCAACGGACCCAAUGACAAUCCCUGAGGAACACCAGCCUCAAGUACCAGAAGAAAAACCUGAAAAACCUCCGGCUGCAGCGAUACCUAGUGUUACCAUUCCUCAAGAUCGGGACUCAGCAGAUGGUUGCGAACGGGAACGGGAAAAGAGUGGGGAAUCUGAAGAGAAGAAAAAAAUGGAGCAUAAGGAAGAAAGAAUGAGAGAAUCCGCUCCACCAAAAGGCGAAGAUGCCGUUAAAAGACUUCUCCUUCGCAUCCCACGACAACGAGAACAAGGCAAGACGAUAAAAGAUCAACCGCCUGCAGGUCAACAACCUCAACAACCUCAACAACCACCUCCAACUUCUCGAACAACUGCAAGAGCAACAGGAUCGCGAGUCAACAUUCUUACACCCCUACCCGAGGAAGAAGAACCAUCAAGAGAUGAAGACACUUCACGUACAGCUCCACCGGAACCCCAUCCAACCACCACAGUAUACCAAGAUGUACCGGGAAGGGUUACUAGUGACAGCUCACAACCAUUACGUGCCUUGCUUCAUCCCUACGAGGUUGCGCAACAAGUACGAAUGAUUGGACCACAGCGAACUGAGGAAGGGACGCCUUCCAGUGAAUCUGAUGGAAGUGUGCCUGAGUCUCCCUCGAGUCAACAACAACCAGAGCUCCUGGAGCAGCAAAGACUGAAACUGAAACUUCAAGAACAAAGAAGAAUCCAGGAACGUCUGGAAGAGCAGCUGAAUCAAUAUCACAGACAGUUCCAAAAAAUAUCAAGUGAAAUACCCAAAGGACCAUAUGCGACGAGGGACGAACUAAGUCCCCAGCCGCGUACUCGAAUUAUUCACGAACCCCAUGGACUUGAGUACAUUGAAGAGCCUGAUAGCUUCGAUCAAAUCAACGUCCCUACAAGACACAUAAGCGACGAAGUUGGACAAAGAGACCAAGAUGGCGACCAUGUGAUUGGUAGCGAAUCGCUGGAGGAGGGCUCUACCAUAUCGAGGACAUCUGGUACUAUUUCUCUUGAAGAACAAACGCCUGACGAGGAAGGUACCUCGCAAUCCUCGAAGAGUACGUCUGAUUACGCAACCGCGGGAGCAACUGGUGUUUUACCGAGGGGCAGCCUAGAGGGUUUAGCAAAGACAUCUCUAGACGUCUCCACCCUGCGUGUCCCGCUUGAACAUGAUAACUCUAGUAGUGAUGAAAGUCAGGGAUACAUACCUCAAAGGGGAACAGCUCCAGCAUUCUUGCCAUUGGAAUGGCAGAGAGAUAAUUACGUAGGUCCAAGGAAACCUUCAGGUCCGCUUACUUCUAAGUUUCAGGAGUAUCCGUUAAAUAAGGCAAACCAUGAAACAACAGGAGAAACCGCUCCCCCUGAAAGUUCAAAUGAAUCUGGAGAACGACUGGAAUCUGAUGACCUCACAUCGAGCUCCGACUCCUCUAAUGGUAUGCCACAUGGUCGGUUGUCGGACCUUCUUCAAAGAAACAAAAUACAGUCUUUUGGUCAAAGCGAUAGUGGAUUUGUACCUACUCUUCCGUUUUCAUCGCUAAGCGCUACCACUGAAAGAACUAAAACUUCGUUAGAUUCAGUAACAUCCCACAAGAAAGUCAGCGAUUCUGUGAUGCCGAAAACGUCGGGCCAAGUGGAUACAUUUUUACCAACUUCGUCGUACUCUGGAGAUUCUAAGGUAUCAUCUGGAUCAUCCAGUUUAAGGGAAAGGCAGGAAAAUGUGCCUUCUGGAACAAUCUAUACUAUCCCAAGUUCUGCUGCAGGGCAAACAACGCCUUCCUAUUCAAGGCUUUUAGAUGGAUCACCUAAUUACCUAGAUGAAUACCGUAGCAAAUGGGAGGAAGAGAAGAAGCUUAUUGAAAAUCAAAGGCAGCUGAUACGACAAAAACAAGAACAUCAACUAAGAAGGAUGAGGUAUUAUCAAGACAUUUUGGAGCGCUAUGAAAAGAACAGCCAUACGAGCCUCGAUAUGAGGCCUUCAAAAUCGAUACAUCCUAGAGCUGUCGCAACUGAUGUUGCUACUAUAACAAGUAGUGAUCUAACUAGUCUAGUCAGUGAUAGCUUUAAAUCACAAUCCGAUUCUAGUCGAAGAAAAACAGCUUUGGCAAGUGCGAAUAAAGAAAACGAAAGUUUCUACGCCAAUUCGGUUCCACGUGUUCCUCCCCUCGUUGGCUUGAAAGGAAGCUCAAGUAGCUCAGACAACAGCGCCUUUACCCGAAUAUCCUACCCAUGGACUUCCAGUAGUUCUAGCCACAGUGGUAAAAAGUUGUUGGCCACUUCGAAGAGUCCCCUAGCUGGAACUGAGACAAGAAAAUCCACUUCUACUAGUGAUUUCAGUUUUCCCUCGAGUGGAACAGAGUACCAUUCCCUGCCCAUCUCACCGGAAGUAUCUGCCAAUAUGGGUCCUGGAAAUGGAAGUAGAUCUUCUAUUGCCAGGCUAUCAGACCUCAACGACAUGAUGAGAAAAUUUACCUCGUCGAGUGAAAACGACUCUGCGAAGGAUCUACCACAGGGGUUGGGCAACGUUUCUGGAAGAGGAAAUUGGGCGGAUUAUCUAUCUGAGAGUCGUACACCUGAGGAUGAACCAAAUAUCAAAUACACGCACCCCUCGUACGAGCCUGUAAUGCCCUCUUCACGUUUUACUGGAUUUGAAGACCAUACGACUGGAGAUGCAAGCUCUAGCAGACAAUGGUACUUGCCUGCCAAACCCAGCUCUCAAUCUGUUGGUUCUCUGGGAGCUGUUCAUGAAGAUGAUAGUCCAAACUCUAUGAAUCUGGACAGGCUAGAUGGGGAUGAGAGGUUCGAAGGUUCUUUUGUAUCCAGUAGCCGCUCGAAUAUCGGGAACGAAGAAGACUUUGGUGGCGGAGAGAUCCAGCUACCUCCUAGACAGACCACCCAGUCAACUAGUCCUCUUGGGACUCUCACUGAGUUUGUCAGCGCGGAUGCCAGGAAAGUAGAAGACGUUGACGGUGGCAUCCAUAGAAAUGAAGGGAUCCAGCUACCUCCUAAACCGACUACCUACUCAAUUGGUCCUCUUGGAUCUACUGAUACAAAUGUCAGUCCAGACAUCAGACCAGAUAUCAGUGAUUUGGUACAUCAAGGUCCAGGAACCCACCAAUGGUACUUGCCACCCAAAUCCAGUACUCAGUCAAUGGGAUCCUUUGGGGUUUCUUCGUCCUCCAGUGACAUUUCAAGCCCGUAUACUAGUAAUCUACAACAUCCUGAUCCCUCUGGCGAAAGUAGACCUCGUGUUCAGCAAUGGUUUGUACCUCCAAAGUCCAGCGUCCAGUCCAUGGGUUCACCAGAGGGUUUGAGUCCAGAUACCAGUAGUCUAAAGAACCUUGAGAACGUUUUUAAAACUCUACAACGAACUGGCGCCCAGGAAAAGUGGUAUUUACCUAUGGUUCAUGAUUCUGAGAAAGGAGAGUCAAGCCCAGAACGUUCCCAACUCUUAACUCAACAAGACGUCCAAAAACAAACGACGAGUACGGCUUCAAGUUCUUACACUCCUGCGUUUCUAAAGAGUACUUUAGGUGGACCUAGAGUGAUGGGAGAAAGUUCCAUAACAUCAUCAUCAACUGAUAGCAUGACCAGUCCUGGGUACAUGGGGAACGAAGGCAACGGUACAAGGGGUGCCAAUACUAGUAUGGGAGAAGUGUUCUUCUCACCAUCCAGUCAACAUAAAGGCGGCUCAGACGAUGGAAAAGCAUCCCCAGCAUCUCUUUCAUCUGGAAGUCUCGUGUCUGAUACCUCAAACAAGACCUUGAGUAAAUCUGAAAGUUCCACAACGCAGGAUAGCGAAGACAACGUAAAGAGUGACGAGGAAGCCCCUCAGAGAACUGGUAACGAGCCUGGUAACCACCCCACGGAAACAGAAACAACAGCAGAGAGUACAGGAAGUGAGAUCAGCCUACAUGGCGUCUCAACGAAUACAGAGGCAAUGGAGGAUGAAGACCUCUCUUACAGCAAUAUGUAUUUUGGAACAGAUGGUUCAAGUGCAACUAGACUCCAGGACGCCUUCGCGCGUAGGAAGCAAGAUUUCGUAAAGAAAUCCCUGGCGAGAGUCGAACGAGCAAAAGCAAAGCGUUUCGAAGUGACGCCACGUGUGUUUGUUAAGAAGAGGGUCAAGCCUGAUAAACCGGUAAAGCCUGAUAACCCGGUCAGGCUGGAUAAACCGGUCCAGUCCCGCAAAUCAGGUGCGGCUAAAAAAUCCACUAAGCACAAGAAAUGAAAACAAUUUUUGAGGAAGAAAAAGUAGUAAAAUUAUUUGUUAUUUGUCAGGGUUGAAAAACUGAUUUUGUGUGAUUGAAGUGAAAGCUGCAUGAAAAGAGGAAAAUUUUCCACUUUUUCUCUUGCUUUGUUUUUCUGCUUUUCAUAUUCUCCUUUCAAUCUCGUUCAGUUCAGAGCGCUCCAUGUAAUAAGACACUUUGUUUUCUUAGCUAUUUCAAGCUAAUUGCAUAUAUAGGCAAGAUAAAAGGAAUGUGUGACUGCACACACGAUCUCAUGGUUGGGCAUACACAAGAGAGCUCUCUUGGCAUACGUUGUUACAUAGGUUAUUGAGCAGUUUUCGUACGAGUGAAAUGUUACGGUAAAUUCGUAGUCGUAGUGUUGAAAUACUGUAUCUUAUCUUAGCCGUAAUACACGUGUUCGUGCUGUAAGUCAGUACCGUACGUUUCCCAUUUACCCAUUUGUACGAUAGCCAUUUCAAUGUUACGGCAUGUCGUAUUGUGUUGGUGCCAGCUGUAAGUCAGUACCGUACGUUUCCCAUUUACCCAUUUGUACAAUAGCCAUUUCAAUGUUACGGCAUUUGGUAUUGUGUUGGUGCCGG